AUGACAUGGCACUUGGUCUCUAAUGUCUGGUUUUCGGUAUUGGUUAAUGGCUCUCCACAAGAUUUUUUCAAGUCUUCAUGGGGCUUACGACAAGUGGAUCCCAUAUCGCCAGCCUUAUUCAUUAUUGAAGCAGAAGUGUUGUCUCGAGCCCUAAAUGCUUUAGUCACACAGUGGCGAUUCACCCCUUUUAAACUACCUCCUCAUUGCCCUGUAGUAUCAUACUUGGCGUACGAUGAUGAUGUUAUCAUAUUCUCCAAUGGAAGGCGAAAAAAGGUUUACUUUGCAGAUAUAUAUAAUGCAGUGGCGGCUCAUAUCCUGUCAUGGAUGAAUCAGGUUUUGUUAGCCAGAGAUAGAGUGGUAUUGAUUAAGACUGUGUUAUCCUCAAUGCCGAAUCAUUUGCUCACAGCUUCUUCUCCUCUAAAGGGGAUAUUCGUGGCAUUAGAGAAGUUAUUUGCAAAUUUCUUAUGGGGUCAUCUGAUUUUGUCGCUAUGGGCAGAGUUUAUGUCAAGAAAUUAUUGCGUGGGGUUGAAUCCUUGUCUAGUUGAGGAUAGCCAUUGGAGUUCCCGUACGUGGAGGAGGAUGGUUGCGGUGCAGCAAGUAGGGGAGGACCACAUUAGCUGGAUCGUACAGCAAGGAUCGAUGGAUUUUUGGCUUGACAACUGGAUGGGAUCAGGAGUCUUAUGCAACAAGGUGGAAAUCUUCCAUGACCAUUUGGUGGCUGAUUUUGUCGAUCGGGGGGGCUGGAAUGUCGCCAUGCUUAAUCAGUAUUUGGAUGCCGCUCUAGCAAGCAGUCUUCCAAUUAAAAUCUCUUUCUUUAUGCUGCGACAGCUGCAGGGCGGGCUCCCUCUUAAGGACCAAUUGAGGAGAUUUGGGAUAAGCAGCCCCUCUAGGUGUUGGUGUUGCCAGGAUCCACGGGAGGAGGACCCGAAUCAUGUUUUUUGUUCAAGAAAAGGGGCAAGAUUGGUUUGGUGUCAUUUCGAGAUUAAUGUUGGUGAAAUGAGGGAGGUGAAUACGGUGCGACAUAUGUGGUCAGAUUCCUCGUGGGAAAAGAUGCUUCGAGAGUUGGUUAACCGACAAAAGAGGAUGAUCAUUCAGUCGGUCAGGUGGGUAUCCCCGCAGGGGGGGUACAAGUUAAAUUCGAAUGGAUGUUCUCUGGGGAACCCAGGAUUGAGUGGAGGAGGUGGUCUAGUGCGUGAUUGUCUAGGUAAUUUUGUAUUUGGUUACUCGGAGCACUUUGGGACAAUGACUAGUCUGCAUGCGGAGCUUCGGGCGCUGCUACUUGGCGUUAGAUACUGUAUUACUCGAGGGUACUUGGAGUUACACUUAGAGGCAGAUUCUCUUACCCUUAUUUGGAUCGUUCAAGGGGUUAGUGCUUGCCCAUGGCAGUUGCAGAGGGAGCUGGAUGAGUUGCUUAUGUUUAAACAACAUUUUCAAAUGAUUUCACAUUGUUACAGGGAAGCGAAUGCUCCUGCUGACCGUCUUGCAAAUUUGGGUGCUGAUUCUAAUGCAGGUCAGGUGUUUAAUAGGUUUUCAGAUCUAUCACGAUUGGUCAAGGGGGGAUAUUGGAAUGGAUAA